AUGUUUGGCUCCAACGGGCCUUGUUCCCCAACCGACUACAUUCCCCAGUACAACAUACUGGAACCCAUCUAUUUUCCGUCCACCAGAGAAGAUCCGAAUCCACCUCUCAUCUUCGACUCCGAUCCAGAUUGCCAAAGUUCAGCCCCGCCCACUCCUGAUGUCAUCUCGGGCCUCAUCAGUCUGACCGGGGGCUCGUGCCCCUCCGAAAUCUCAAGUGGUUCCUUCGGGGAUUUGACAUCACCAGAGGAUUACCACUCAACAUCUUCACCCCCAUCAUAUCCUGUCGAUGUAUCUAGUGUCAAAGCAACCCGAUCUAAAUUGAUUAAGGAAGGUCUUAAACUUACCAUUCAGUCCAGGAGGAUAAUCCAUGGAUUGGAUAAUGUCAGAUCGGAAUAUAGGCAACCACAACAAGAAGAGCUGACAACGGAAGAUGAGGAAAGACGACGCAGACGAAGAGAAAGAAAUAAAGUAGCUGCUACCAAAUGUCGAAAUAAGAAAAAGGAACGGACGGGUCGUCUGGCUGAGGAAUCAGAGACACUAGAGGUAAACAACAAUGCUUUGAAAACCGAAAUAGAUUCUUUGGAAGCAGAGAAGCAAGAACUGAUAGAUCUUCUUCAAGGACAUCUACCUCACUGUGCCAUACAGCCCGUCUCUAGGAAUUACUAUCCUCCCCCAGACCCAGUAACACACAGCAGUCCGAUGUCUUGGUCAUCAGUUCUCGGUUGA